CCGCUUUCGCUUCGUUUUCCCAGCUUCUCGGUCGAUUUUCCUGCUUUUGCAUACGUUUGUCGCUGGUAACAUUGUCGACAGCCGAGCCAUGGCAUUUUCUAUUUUCCUCUUUCUCUUCUUCCCUUUCUCAUCUGCCUAUACUAUAGUGUGUUUUGAUUUCGGUUGUUACUGUUUAUGCCAGUAAACCUCUGGUGUAAGGUGUUUGGCGCAAGGAACCACAGGCGGGGUUUCUCCAUAUAAACCUGCGGCAUGGAAUGAAGACAAAUACGGGCGAGUCAAGCAAUGGUCAAGGGAGCCAGCAUCCUUCUACUUUUGCUUGCGGAAAUACUCUUGCAUAUGUUCCAGUUAUUUUGCCCGGCAGCUAUUCUUUUCUCUUCUUCUCAUCUAAACUCGUUCCCCCUCUUCUAACGCAUGCUUGUUGCGACCCGAGUCAUCUUCUCCUUCCUAUUUGUAUUGUAUUUAAUCUUUUCACACUAGCAGAUGAGCCCCUUGGUCGGGGAUCAGGAAGACCUGAAUCAGCCAUAACUUUUCCUUUUCUUCUUCUUACUGCUUUCAUUUUUACACACAUUCGGAUAUUCGACUGUACGCAAGACUGUCGACGUAUGACUGGCACUAUUGUUGGAACACAUCUCCCGUUAUGGUAAGGAUAUUGGUCUAAGGAAGUCAUAUAUUCUCAUGGUAUUUGUUAGAGCAAAAGUAAAUAGGUAGCCAAGUAGGUAGAAUCAGGCGCAAUCUGAAUCAAUCUUCAUCUAUCUCAAGCAAGC